AGCUAGGAGCAAACGAGCAUUUUUGUACGCGUUUAUUUUUUCAUCACUUAUUUUCGUUGCUCUUCAUAUUAAAACAACAAUAUGGAUGUGCGUCCAAAUCAAACCAUUUACAUAAAUAAUCUGAAUGAAAAGAUUAAAAAGGAGGAGCUUAAGAAGUCGCUCUACGCCAUCUUCUCACAGUUCGGCCAGAUACUCGAUAUUGUGGCGUUGAAAACAUUGAAAAUGCGAGGGCAGGCAUUUGUCAUAUUUAAGGAAAUUGGCAGUGCCUCCAAUGCGCUGCGUACUAUGCAGGGCUUUCCAUUCUAUGACAAACCCAUGCGCAUUGCCUACUCCAAGUCCGAUUCGGAUAUUGUGGCCAAAUUGAAGGGCACCUACAAGGAGCGGCCAAAGAAGGUGAAGCCGCCAAAGCCGGUGCCGGGCGUCGAGGAGAAAAAGGACAAGAAGAAGAAGCAGAGCAGUGCAGAAAAUGCAAAUCCGAAUACACAAACAGAGCAGCCACCAAAUCAAAUCCUUUUCCUCACCAAUCUGCCGGAGGAGACCAACGAAAUGAUGCUCUCCAUGCUGUUCAAUCAAUUCCCCGGCUUCAAGGAGGUGCGCCUGGUGCCCAACCGGCACGACAUCGCCUUUGUCGAGUUCACCACCGAGCUGCAGAGCAACGCAGCCAAAGAGGCGCUCCAGGGCUUCAAAAUAACUCCCACGCAUGCGAUGAAAAUUACGUUUGCCAAAAAGUAGACGCGCACAGAUUUCCUCAAUAUAUACACAAAUAUAUGUAUAUAUACAUACAUAAGUGUAGGAAAGUCGGGGUCUUUUUUUUUUUAA